CAUAAAUUCCCUCCUCUUUUUGUUUCUUUUCUCCACUUUUCUUGUACAAAAUAAUUUCCUAUUCUACAGCUUACUACUUCUGCUCAUAACGAUAUACAAUGAUUAAUAGUAAAAAGCGUGUCUCAUUGAACAGAAGAAUAUCAUCUUUACAUUUGGAACAGGACGCUAUGUUAUCCAAGCAAUGUAUUGGUAAUGACAACAGCAAUGUCAAUGAUGACUACACUCGUCAAUUGGCCGCUACUGCUUUAUCAGUGUCUCCUACUGCACUCAAAUUGAAAGAUUCGCCAACGGAAAAAAAUGUAAUGGAGAAGAAGCUUGAGUUCAUACCUCGCUUGUUGAAGUCGUCAUUACGAACACCCAAUAAGUCUGCUUCAGCGCCAUGCUCCCCUACUCAUUUAGCAACAUCCAAAACAGUUCAAUUUCAUCCUACUCGACUAGAACACAUUUGCUUAUUCAGAAAAGCCCAGACUCCAUCCGCUAUUAGCAGUAGGAAGCAGAUAUUUUGGGCUGACAAUAGUGAGGAUGAAGAAGAUGAAGACGACUCCUUAAGCAGCAGCAGUAGCAGUAGUGAUGAGGAUGAUGAGCAAAUACAAAUACAGGAACAAAAGACAGAGUUGGUUCAUGUCAAUUGGCCCUCUAAUCAUUUAUCAGAUAUCAUUGAUCGUAAAAAUAAAAUGGUACGCGUUGAGAAGAAUGGAAUAUAUUUAAGUGAUGAAAAAGAUCGUAUUAUUGGGAAAAUUGCCGUUCGCAACGUGGAUUACCAUAAGACUGUCAAUAUUCGAUACACCUUCGAUUUUUGGAACACGGUAAAUAACAUCGAAGCCCAAUUUCACGAAGGUCACAAGACAUUUGAUGUUUUUGUAUUCAACAUAUCUUUGCCAACAACAAAUACAACAACAAAUACAACCAUGUAUUUUGCAGUAAAUUACAAAGUCGGACAGCAAGAGUACUGGGAUAACAAUAGCAACCGAAAUUAUGAACUUCAAAUACUCAGACAAAACACAAACCGAUUGAAGAAGACACAGAACAAACCCAUCAUGAUGGCUACAACAACAGCAAAAAAGAAACCAUUUGAUUUAGACGAUAUAACCAAUAAGAAACUCACAAAGAACAAUACUGGGUUUUUGUCCAGAUAUGAUUUUACAAAAUCGAUUGAAUCAGCCAAAUCAACUAACAAGCCUACUUCAUCGGCUGCUAUGCAUACCUCCAACCAUAAUAUACCUGUAUUUAGAAAGACACCCUUCACUUCACCCACCACUCCUGUUUCGACAGUUCAAACAAGCCCCCUUAGCACCAGUGCUACUAUACCAGUUCCUAUUAGAAAUACUUCUUCCGCAGUGUCUCUGUCAUUGUCCAAUAGUCCCGCAAAUAACAACUUACAUUAUUCGACCUUCGCUGGUUCAACAAGUGCUUCGUUAUCAUCUUCUCCUUCUGCCACUACCUUUACUGACCUGAAUUCACAAUCCUAUUUGGAUUUGGUGAACAAGUAUUGCUUUUAUUCCACAAGUCCUAGCAGAUCCCCCAUGUCUAUUAAUGGUUAAAUAGAGCGUUUUUGUUGGUUUUUUCUUUUUCUGCAGUUUAGCUUUUAUUAUUCAUGUUUCUCUCCGCUUAACAUGUACUUUUGCUUUUUGUAUCAUUAA